AAUGGAUAAUAACUAAAAAUUACAAAUAACAAUAAGUGCAUUUGGUAAAUUUGGGAAUGUAAUCACAAAUCCUACAAGUGUUAUUGUGUCAGAAUUUACAGAACAAUUUAAAAAAAAAUAUAAUAUAAUUCAUUCAGAAGUAUUAGAGGUUUCUACAGUGGCUUGUUAAGAAUAUUUGAAUAAAUUACCUAAUCAUACUUUAAAUAUUCAUUUUGGAGUUUAUGAUGGAUCUUAAGAAUUUAACAUAGAAUAAUGUGGUUAUAAUUUAAAAGAUUUUGGAAUACCUGAUAUGAAAGGAUAUCUUGCUCAUAAUGAAUGCAUUGAAAAAGAUUGUAAAAAAGAUCUUUGUAGACAAACUAAAAUAAAUACUGAAUUAUUAGUGUAGAAAUUAUAAGAAAAUUUUCCUGUUGAAGAAUCUACAGAUCCAGGAAGAUAUAUUUGUAAUUUCAUUUAUUAUUGUUCUUUAUUAAAAAGUCUUGGUUGCCCAUAAUCAGCAUGUUUAUUUGUUCAUUUUCCAGCAUUCCGUACAAUAGCAUAAGAGAAAUAGGUUGAUUUUGUUGAAAAUCUAUUAAUAACAAUUCAUGAGAUGCAUUAGAGUGGUCAUUUGUAUAAAUGAUUAAAUAAAAUUAUGCAAAAUAUUAAAUAAAGAAAACCUUAUUUAUAAGUUCAUUUUCAACCUCUAACAGAGCGAAUUGAGAGAAAGAAAUAGACAUUAAUGAAGAAUGUGUUAGUGAGAAAUGUUCAUGCUUAAAGAAUUAAACGAAGCUUUAGUUUGCCACAUAAUUAAAGAUUCUUGUAUAGAUUUGAAACUUUACCAAAAAACCUAUGUCCAUCUCGAAAAGGAACAGGUGAAGAACUUCAAAUAAGACAAUAAUCUCCAUAAAAAAGAGACUCAUUGGUAACCAAUCUUAAAUUAUCUUAAAAAAAUAUUGAAAUGAAAGAAAGAUAGUAAAGAAAGAGUUGUGAUUGUUCAUUAUGUGGAAAAGAAACUAAUUUUCAAAGAGAUUCAAUGAAAGAUGGAGUUUUUAUAAUUUAAUAAAUAAAAGAAUAAGAAGCUUUAUCAAAUAAAUUUUAGAGAACAUAAAAGAAAUAAUAUGAAAAGUUAUAUCCAUAAUAUUUAAAUAUGAAGAGUAUAUAAAUAGAAGAGAGUGGUGAUCCUAAUAAUGAUUUUAUUAUAAAUUCGUUUGAGCAUCUAGAAGAUGUUCCUACAUAAACAUGUCCAAAUAAGAUUAAAAGUAAGUCUAGCUUUUUCGACUUCUUUUUAAUUAAAUAACAAUAGAUUGUAGUUGAUUAAAGGAGAAAAUUUUCCAAUCAUCGAAAAAAUUUUGAUAAAUUUCGUUCGAUUCCCUUUCUCCCUAAUGAUUUUUAGAAAGUAUUAACUCCUAGAACACCAGCCACAAUGACUACAACUUUAGUUCCAUCUCCAAGGAAAUUAAAAGCUAAUGUAUAGAUGUAUCUAAAACCAAUCAAUAAACCCUAGAAAUAACAUAAUAGAUUGUUAACUCUUCCAGAGUUUAGAUAAUUUAUAUGA